UGGAAGUCCGCACGUUUUUUCAAUUCUUAUGCUUUGCCGUUUUCAUUUAUCUAUAGAGAUCAAAUUAUGUAGAAACUCGUUUGAUUCGGGGUAGUCUAUUGUGUCCUCUGCAGUCUGUAUCAUGACUUUUUAAUAAGAGUCUAGAUUCGGGAUAUAAAACAAAUAUGAAUUUCUCCCAGCAAAACCUCUUUAAUGUGCACUGGAAACCAGAAUCUGUUAUAAUUUCUCUAGUUUUCUUCUUAAUUUUCCUGGUCGGCACCUUUGGAAACUGUUUGGUUCUUGCUGUGCUUUUGCGCAAUGGACAGAUGAAUACGAAGACGACCAACUUGUUCAUUCUGAAUCUGUGCAUCGCAGACCUCUGCUUCAUUGUAUUUUGUGUGCCUCUGCAAGCGACGAUCUACACGAUGGACGAGUGGGUUUUCGGCCCAUUUGUGUGCAAGGCGAUGCACUUUCUCAUUUACCUCACCAUGUACGCCAGCAUCUUCACAUUGACUGCUGUGUCGCUGGACAGGUAUCUGGCCAUUCGCUACCCACUUCGCUCAAGGGAAAUGAGAACCCCGAAAAAUGCCCUGAUAUCGAUUUGUCUGGUGUGGGGUUUGUCUCUGGUCUUCUCUGGACCAUACUUGAGCUACUACCAGCAAAUGGAUCUAGACGGCACUACGGUGUGCAUCCCGGCCUGGGACGUUCACCAUCGCCGGGCCAUGGAUGUGUGCACCUUCGUCUUUGGAUACAUGAUUCCCGUGCUGGUGCUAAGCCUGACCUACGCGCGCACUAUCCGCUACUUGUGGACCACGGUGGACCCUGUGGAGGACAUGUCGGAGUCCAAACGAGCCAAGCGCAAGGUGACCAAGAUGAUCAUCAUCGUGGCUGCGCUAUUCUGCAUAUGCUGGCUGCCGCACCACCUGGUGAUCCUCUGCAUGUGGUUCGGCCACUUCCCUCUCAACCACGUCACCUACGUGCUCCGUAUCCUCUCGCAUCUGGUGGCUUACGCCAACUCCUGCCUCAACCCCAUCGUAUACGCCUUGGUCUCCAAACACUUCCGCAAAGGCUUUCAGAAGGUGUUCAGCUGUGCGCUCAGGAGAAGGGUCGUCAACCGGGUCAAUGUCGUGCACCAGAUCAACACAGUUAGCUUGGUGGAGGCAGGCUCCAGUGAAACGUCCAACCUUAGCGAUAAUGUCACCAAGGACAGGAAGCCAAACAAUCCACAGGGGAAAGUGACCAACGCGUUCGUGACAUUUAAUGUAACAUAGCAUCUAAAUGCAAAAUGAUUUUUGAAUACCUAAAAAGAGAGUAUUACUAACCAUCAGAUGGCUCUCUUCUACACCAUGAUGGCUCUCUUCUACACCAGUGUAAUGGCAGUGACUGCUCACUGGUCGCCUACUUCCAGUCUGUUGAGCUUCGAUGCCUCAGUGAAGCUCAUUGCUGAUUGUAGUUGAAGCAGUGUGUGAGCUGUCAGCUUUAAGAGAUCUACUGUAUGUGUUCAAAUGGGUUUAAUUGGACUCUGGUCACAUUCUUGUUAUGAUCAUGAAGGUAUUUUUGGCAACACAUAUUGUGAAUGUAGUUAUGAUGAUUCUGGCCAAAAAAUGAAGACUGGAAAACGGAGUAUUUCUGUUGUUUUUUAAACUUAAAUUCUCUUCACAUUUGUGAAUAGUGACCACAUUAGAGUUCAUAGGUUUAAUGGAAUGUUCAUUACGGUGGAGAGGGUAGUAACUGCUUUUAGAAGUUUAAAUACAUUUCCCAUGUAUUGUUUAAUUUAGACUCAUGCCAGUAUUGACCCACUGAUGUCAAAGCGAGGCGAUUGAUUUUCACAAGCCGGACAGCAUUUGCCAAUGGCUUGUUGGGUAGAUAACAGUAUCGUGUUCAGUGUUUUGGGCUCAAAGUGAGGUUCUGUUGUACUAUGUCAUCAGGAACUGAACCUUUUGACACUGUUAGUGCCAUUUUAUGUCAUUCAAUAUCUUCUGUAGUCACUGCUGGAUGAGUAGCAGGGUUAACACUAGACAUUCACUAAAUUGAUUUUCAUGUGUUAGAGAAAUGCUCACACGUAACAUCAUUUGGGGGUCUACCUGAACACAUGAUCUAGUUCAUGCACUUUUAAUGAGCAUUAGACUUCAUAGUAGUGGCAAUAUUCUCUACCAGCGGAUCUAUGGAACCAGUCUUGAAAUAAACAGUCAACUUUUACUUUUUUUUAUAACAUAGGUUUUUUUUUAUAAAACUGUGAAGUACAUCAUCAUCAUUGUUUAUUCA